CAUAGGGAAAUUUGGAUCCAUACCAUUAAAAGAUUACCACUUUGGAUCCAUACCAUUAUUAUCUCACUUACAUGUGGGUCCACAUGAGUCAAUGACAUGUGAGGUCCAUGGUAUAUAUCUAAAGUUUGGAUCUUUUAAUGGUAUAGAUCCAAUUGUUCCUUUUUCAUAAGCUGCAGGAGCCUUGCCUAAUCCUCCGUGCCAUGCCGAUGGGCAGGGCAGGGCAAGAGGAGGUCACGAAAACGAAGGGUGCCACCCACCGCAAAUCCCGGCGGGAUUGAACUGAGCUCCUUUCCUCCGUGCCCUUGAAUGCAACCACCUCCCGAAUCCCAUCUUCUUCAUCUCGCUGCGGCCUCCCUCCUCCUCCACUGGAGCCGACACUUGAUCCAUUCCCCAUCCCCAUCCCACGCGGCCACCACCACCUUCUCCUCCUCCCCCUCUCCAUAUCUCUCUCUCUCCGGGCAAGGAGGAAGAGGAGCAGUAGAUCAGUCGUAGCAAUAAAUCCGUCACGCCCAGCUCGCCUGCUCCGCCUCGCCAUUGCCUUGCUCCAACCAAGCAGGAGUAGAUGAAGGGGCUGAGCGGGGCGAAGCUGCUGGUCGUGCACCCGUCGUCCAACAAGUCGCCCGGCGGCGCGGGGUCGCCCGGGGCGGUUCUGGGCGCGCGGCGCCGGGUGUGCGCCGCCGUGUUCCUGGCCUGCUUCGCGUGCGUCUCCCUGGCCACCACGCUGCUGUCGGCCGCGCGGGACCCCGCUGGCGCGGGGGCGAGGUCGGCGGCGUUCGCGGUGCCGGUCGCCGCGGCAGCGAGGGAGGGCCAGGGCCUGCCGGGGCACGUGUUCGACGCGCUGGUGCAGUACGCGUCGGCGGGCGGGAACUCGACGGCGAGCAUGCCGGGCGCCGACGUGCGCGCCAUCGCCGCCGUGCUCAGGCGCCGCGCGCCGUGCAGCCUGCUCGUGUUCGGGCUCGGCGCGGAGACGCCGCUGUGGCGCGCUCUCAACCACGGCGGCCGCACCGUGUUCCUCGACGAGAACCAGUACUACGUGUCCCACCUGGAGGGCCGCCACCCGGGGCUGGAGGCCUACGACGUCGCCUACACCACCACCGUCCGCGAGUUCCCGGACCUGCUUGACUCCGCCCGCGCCGCGCGGGGCGCCGAGUGCCGGCCCGUCCAGAACCUCCUCUUCUCCGACUGCCGCCUCGCCAUCAACGACCUCCCCAACCAGCUCUACGACGUCUCCUGGGACGUCAUCCUCGUCGACGGCCCGCGCGGGUACACGGCUUCGUCGCCGGGCAGGAUGUCGGCGAUAUUCACGGCGGGGGUGCUGGCGCGGACGCGGGCCGGGGAGGGCGUGAAGACGGACGUCCUGGUGCACGACUACGAGCGGGAGGUGGAGCGGGCGUGCUCCAGGGAGUUCCUGUGCGAGGAGAACCGCGUCGUCGAGACCAGCACGCGGUCGCUCGCCCACUUUGUCGUGCGCGGCGGUAGUUCUGCCCGCCGGGACGCCUUCUGCUCCGGCACGGCGGCGGCCCACUAGCUUCACUCUUCCCCGUCACUCACCUCACCUCACCUCACCUGUUCUUCUACUUUUUUUUUUCUUAAAAAAAACCUCUCUCGAUCUCGAUCACGGUUAAUGAUGAUGAUGCUUGUCAUGUGAAUGCGGAAAAAAGAUGAAAAAGUGAGCGGUGAAGCCUGUAAAAAUUGGGUGUGACGAAAAGAAAGAAGCAGAGGAAUGUGUCUCUGUCCUUGACGACUCCA